GGAAUUAUACGACUUCUCCAAAUACUCUUCAAGAUCUGAAGCUCACUGCCAUAUCGAAACCUUUUCUUGUCGUUAUCUAUAUAAAACUCCCAGUCAAAAUUAGCAACCAAUGGAACCAAGGGGAAUACUGCCCGCCUAAUCCAAACGCUCAAGCUAGUCCAAGUAAUCAGCCCCAGCCGCAGAUGCCCCAACAGCAGACACUCGUUGCUUUUGACCCUCGUAAUAUGCCGACGGGUCAAGCCCAAGCGCCCAAGAAAAAAGACGGCAAAAUGUCAAAGCUGCUGGACAAAACAAGCGCUGUCUGGAAGGAAGUUAAGAAAGGGACAGCUGGACAACCUACGAAUGUGGAUUCCAACGCUCUGGUCCCUUUCCGGCGCCCAGGAACUGCGCCUGCUGCUGUCCAGCAGUUUCAGCAGAAUCAACAGCAGAACUUCCCACAAGGCGGUGCUCUGCAACAAGGUGGCCCUCUACAACAGACCACCGAGUGGACUAUCGAAACCAGGUCGAAUGAGAACGAGGAGCGGCAACGACGUGCGAACAGGGAAUCCAGGUUCGUCAGCAGGGGUCUUCUUGGCGGUUAUCUCGGCGGCUGUUACGGCAUGGGCGUCAACCACGAGUAUGGCUACGGUGGCUAUGCGGGGGACAUGUGGGACUACGAUUACGGUCAUGGGUAUGGGGGGUAUGGAUACGGCGGUUUUAUCCCCUAUCGUCUUGGAGCCGGGCGUUAUGGCGGUCGCUCUUCCACUAGAGCAGAGUCAAAUGCAACUGCAUCGCGGACCGGCACAAGCACCACCACAGGUCGAAUCACCACGACCACUCAUGCGCGGGGGACAAAUGCACAGGCUCAACUCCAGCAGUGCAGGGUCAUCUUCCACCAGGAGUCCACCAAAUGCCUCCCGGACAGGACCAACAGCGGCAGUAGGAUGGCCGAUUUCCUUUUCUUUGACUUGCUUGCGUUUGAAGGUUUAUGGGAAAUGCGAAGGAUACGAGUCAAGUGCCCACCUGAGGUCUAUGUGCAAUGGAAUGAACCGUUGCAUUCAAAUACUUACUCGGCCAGAGCAAGGUCUCCAUCUCCAGUUGAGAGUCUUGGCGGUUUUGGCCUGUAUGCGAGGGCGCAGGUCAGUGCCUGGAUUCGGAACACUCUUGGAAUCUCUCCUCGAAUGGAGUCAAGGGGAAGCAAGAGAGCGAUGGACGAUUCCGGGGACGAAGGAGAUGAAGAGCAUCAUAGCAAAUCACAGCGCAUGGAAGCACCCACCAAGAAGCCAUUGGCGCCAGAAUCAGCUCGCAAUUCUCCCAAAAAGAUCACUUCGUACUUCCCGGUCGACAAAUCCAAUGAGCUUCAACCCAUGCCUUUUCCCACAACAAUACUCCUUCCGUCAUCGGCCAGAAGAAGCUCAACUGUCAUCCCCUCAAUUGAGCGUGUGCCUACGGAGGAACCAGCCAUCAAGGAUGAGGAGAGCGAGAGCGAUAGUGAAGAUGAAGAUACCAGAGUCUCCCGGUUGAAGGAGAAAGCCAUCAUCCCAGAAAAGCUCUACCCCAUGGGCCGCCCACUCAAGAAAGACCGUUCAGGGAAGACUGGCUCCAAGGUCUUUCAGCCUAUGCCGAACCUCCAUUGGCGAAAGCUGCAUCAAGCCGAGCAAGGGCCCUUUGUCCAGGCGAGUUGGAGUUCAGGAUGGGAGGGUCAGAGGGUCUUUGACUCGGACAGGAAUGAGGUUGUCGAGCAUGUCUCGGUUGAGGAAGAGGAGUGGUGGGUUGAUCCGGAUAGCGAUGAUGACUCGCCUUACUUGUCGGAUUGAGAAGG